AUAUUAUGAAGUGCAACAAGUAGACGACACACCUGAAAGAAAACAAUGGCCGAAUCAACAAAAAAUGAAAAUAAUGUGGAGCACAAACCGCCGCCUGGGCUAAAAUCCUUGAUCGAUCACCUCGUUUCUGUGUAUCCGGAUCAGCCCAAUCCGUUGCAAGUAACGACGCUGCUCAAAUAUUGGCUGGGAGGCAGCGAUCCAUUGGACUAUAUCAGCAUGUACAGCAACAAUGGGCAAGGCGAAGGCGACUCCGAAAGAGUUCCACCACAUUGGCAUUAUGUUAGCUUCGGGCUGAGUGACUUGCACGGUGAUCAGCGUGUGCAUCUUAAGGAGGAGCAUACAACACGCUCGGGCAUGGGCUUUGAAUUGACUUUCCGCUUGGCUAAAACGCCAGCUGAGUUAAAGCAACAGCGCGAGUCUCCAGAAAAGCCGCUAAGACCACCAACGUGGCCGGCAAAUCUACUGCAAUCCAUAGCGCGUUAUUGCUUCCAGACAGGUAACGGAUUGUGCUUUGGUGACAAUAUUCCAUGGCGGAAGAGUCUCGAUGGUAGCGCCACAUCACGCAUGAACAGUCUGCUCGUGGCGCAGGAUCCUCAGCUGGGCUGCAUUGAGACACCGUUUGGCACUGUGGACUUUUGCCAAAUCGUUGGUGUCACCGAGGAGGAACUGGAGCAAGCGUCGCGCUGGAACGGACGUGGUGUUCUCAACUUUCUGGCCAAAGAUGUGCAAACGGGCGGUGAUUGGAUGGUCACCAACAUGGAUCGCACAAUGAGCGUCUUCGAAUUGUUUCCUGAGACAUUGCUUAACCUUCAGGAUGACCUAGAAAAGCAGGGCUCGGAUUUAGCGGGUGUUAAUGCAGAAUUUGCAUUCCGCGAAUUAAAACAAACCAAAACGAUCAAGGAGGAUGUGGACUUCAAGUGUUUGAACGAACGCUGCGCUAGCGAAGAAAAUAAUCGACCAUUGACCGAAUCACAGCUUAAACGCGAAGAGCCAAGUUUCCCACAAUCAAUGUCGCUGAGCAGCAACUCGUUGCACAAAUCGUGUCCCCUAGACAAUCAGCCCCAAGCACCCGACUGCAUAUCGCUGGAUGGCAUCGAGAUCACCAUGGCGCCCUAUGCAGCCAAGUAUCUAUUGCUGGCCAUUAAGGAUCGCAUUCGUCAUGGACGCCACUUUACCUUUAAGGCACAACAUCUGGCCUUGACUUUGGUCUCCGAAACGGUGACGGGAGCCGCUGUAACUGUGAGCGAACCAUUUGGUGUGCUUGGCUAUUGGAUUCAGGUGCUGAUACCGGAUGAUUUAGUGUCACGCAUGAUGGAGGCAUUCCGCAAUGCACAACUCGAUGGCAAAACGGAGCCCACCCAACGUCUGGAAUUCGAUUGGCCGGACAAGAACUUUAAACUAAUUGUCGAUCAGCCAACAAUUUGUCCGUUGCCCACCGCAAUGUCGAUUGAAACGCCGAAUAUCAAUUGA